CAUUGUGGGUAAUAGUAUCUCCGGUCAAAAUGUCUGACAUGGAAGAUGAUUUCAUGUGCGAUGAUGAGGAGGAUUAUGACUUGGAAUAUUCUGAGGACAGCAACUCUGAACCCAAUGUGGAUUUGGAGAAUCAGUAUUAUAACUCCAAAGCCCUCAAAGAAGAUGAUCCUAAAGCAGCCCUGAGCAGCUUCCAGAAGGUGCUGGAGUUGGAGGGUGAGAAAGGAGAAUGGGGAUUCAAAGCACUGAAACAAAUGAUCAAGAUCAACUUCAAACUAACUAAUUUUCCUGAAAUGAUGAACCGGUACAAACAGCUUUUGACGUAUAUUAGGAGCGCUGUCACCAGAAAUUAUUCUGAGAAAUCUAUCAACUCCAUUUUAGAUUAUAUCUCAACCUCCAAACAGAUGGACUUGCUACAAGAGUUUUAUGAAACCACACUGGAAGCGUUAAAAGAUGCCAAAAACGACAGACUUUGGUUUAAAACUAACACCAAGCUUGGAAAGUUGUACCUGGAAAGAGAAGAAUUUGGAAAACUUCAGAAAAUUCUCAGGCAAUUGCAUCAGUCGUGUCAGACGGAUGACGGAGAGGAUGACUUGAAGAAGGGCACUCAGCUUUUGGAGAUUUACGCUUUGGAGAUCCAGAUGUACACGGCACAGAAAAACAACAAGAAGCUCAAAGCCCUUUAUGAGCAGUCAUUACACAUCAAAUCAGCCAUCCCACAUCCACUCAUCAUGGGAGUCAUCAGAGAGUGCGGUGGUAAAAUGCACCUGAGAGAAGGAGAGUUUGAGAAGGCACAUACAGACUUUUUUGAGGCGUUCAAAAAUUAUGAUGAGUCCGGAAGCCCCAGACGAACCACUUGUCUGAAGUACCUGGUCCUGGCCAACAUGCUGAUGAAGUCUGGAAUCAACCCGUUUGAUUCUCAAGAGGCAAACCUUACAAAAUGACCAGAAAUUCUAGCAAUGACAAACCUGGUAAGUGCCUACCAGAACAAUGACAUCACAGAAUUUGAGAAAAUCCUCAAGACGAAUCACAGCAACAUAAUGGACGACCCCUUCAUCAGAGAACACAUUGAGGAGUUGUUACGAAACAUAAGAACACAAGUGCUCAUCAAACUGAUUAAGCCUUACACUAGGAUACACAUACCAUUUAUUUCAAAGGAAUUGAAUAUCGAUGUCGCAGAUGUGGAAAGCUUGCUUGUGCAGUGUAUUUUAGACAACACAAUCAAUGGUAGAAUUGACCAAGUCAAUCAGCUGUUGGAGCUCGAUCACCAGAAAAGAGGCGGAGCCCGAUACACGGCUCUAGACAAAUGGACCAAUCAGCUGAACUCUCUCAAUCAGGCCAUAGUCAGCAAACUGGCUUGAUUUCGACCCUGAAGAUCCUGGGGGGAAAAAAACAACAACAAACAAACUCACCCAUCGGGCAGCCGGACGAGCGCAGGCUAUCAGUGACAUUAACUUACUCUCAAGCCCUUUACUCCUGCCAUCACACAAUCGCAUGAUGGGGGAGCGUCGUUUGGCUAGUUUGUACUUUUACAGCUGUAGUCACUUAAAUCCGUUUUAAAUGUCCUUAACACAAAAAAGCGGAAGUUCCCACUGGAUGUCUGCUCUACUGAAUUGUUGGGUCUCUAAUAUGAAUAUGUUUGCAUUAUCUGGAAAAUUAAAAAGUUACUUUAAUUGCACAUAUUGGCACUUGGCAGACAUUGAUAAGGCAACGUUUGUCUUUAUUGAGGACGGGUUUGUGAAAAUGAAACAUUUUAUUUGUUGAACUAUCUCUUGUCGGAGUCAGCAUGUUUUACUUGGUUCGCAUAAAGCUCAGCUGAUGGGUUUUGAUGUCUUCGCACUACAUGCGUACACAGGAGUAUCCAAAGUGCGGUCAUUGCUCGAUUUUUCUCUCACUGAACAUUACAGAUCUGUUCAAUCGUAAUGCUGUUCUGUUUCACUUUUCAACAGUAAAAAUAAAGAUGCAUUUGUUGCUUCAGCAGAAAAAAUAAAA